CUCCCUGCUGCCCUGUGUGCGGAAGCUGACCGCCAUCUCCGGAAACUACAAGUCAGCUGCUCGGAGGCUGAUGCUGUUUAUCCCUGAAUAAUCUUGAAGCCAAAUGUCGCCUGUUGUUAGUUUUUUCUUUUUGUAGGGCUUUUCCUCGGAGAAAGAGAACUGACUUGUCUUAUUCACGAACUGAAGAUCUGUGUCGGACUGAAAAGAUGAAGCGAGUGUUUCUCCUCGAGGCUUUCUCUGUGGUUUGUUUUGUUCUGUUGAGCCAGGUGACAGCGAAGAAUUCUGAGGACAUUCGUUGCAAAUGCAUCUGUCCUCCGUACAGAGACAUCGAGGGACAAAUCUACAAGCAGAAUGUUUCUCUGAAAGACUGUAACUGUCUCCAUGUUGUGGAGCCCAUGCCUGUUGAUGGAAAAGAUGUGGAGGCGUACUGUUUACGCUGCGAGUGUAAAUAUGAAGAGAGGAGCUCAGGGACCAUUAAGGUCACGAUCAUAAUGUACCUCUCCAUUCUGGGACUGCUGCUGCUCUACAUGGUCUACCUGACUCUCCUGGAGCCCAUAUUGAAGAGGCGUCUGUUCGGACACUCACAGCUCAUCCAAGAAGAUGAUGUUGGGGAUCAACAGCCUUUUGCCAAUGCUCACAACGUUCUGUCCCGCUCUCACUCUCGACCCAACAUGCUGAACAAAGUGGAGCACGCUCAGCAGCGCUGGAGGAGGCAGGUCCAGGAACAGAGGAAGUCCGUAUUCGACCGCCAUGUUGUUCUCAGUUAAACUACUAUCAUCCCUGUGAUCAAGAGUUACUAAUGGUGGAGCAAAAUACUCAAACAAACAAAAAAAAAAACACUGUGACGAAGCCCUUGAUUUAUGAAUUGCUUGCUUUCUCUUAUUUUUACUCUGUAUCUCAUAAGUGUGAUGCUUCUGAGGUGAUCAACAUGAAGAGUUUGGUCCCAUGCAGGUUUAAAUUCUCAGCAGGGGACUCUUAUUUAGUCUGCAGGCAGCACAAGGGUUAACAGUGAGUCGUUUUUGCACAAUAUUGAAUGAUAUAGCAUUAAAUAGCUCUCUUACAUAGCAUUCCCAAACACUGAAUUUACUGUCUGGUUUGCAGAAGUGCCAUGUCACUGGAGAAGAUACAAAUUUACAGAGAGAAGUUUGUAUUAUAAAUAAGAGAUUACAAUGAAAAUCUCAUGUUGCUAUCUUAUAACAUUUUCUGACUCAGUUUCAAAUGAAGAAAAGUAGUUCAAAGCUGACCAGAGAGAAGUGUCCAGACACUCAUCAGAUUACUGUUCUCUGUUAACAUGUAGCUGACAGAUAUUUUCCACCCUAACACUAAAACAACAUGAAACGACUGCUCUGACCACAGGAGAGAGGACAAAGUGAAAAAUGUAUAUCUUUCAGCCUUCUUUGAAAAAUGCAUGUUUUAUAAAAAAGACUUUUAUAAGUACGUCUUCAAUCCUCCAUCCCUCCCUCCCAUGAUGUUUACUGUCUGGUGUUAACAAUCACUUAAUGCAUUAAAUUUGAUUUGUGAACAUAGUUCCUCUGAACCUUGUCUAUGAAAUUGAUGCAAUUUCUUAGUGAUGUCAUAGUGAACCUAGCUGUGAUAUUGAUCCUCUCCCUUUUCUAAAAUCAGUUCCCUCUUCCACCAUUUAAGCACAUCUAAUGAAUAGUCAUUGAUUUUCUAACAUCGGUUCCAUUAUGAAGCUCCAUCUUGUCCACCAGGCUUCAUUAGAAGACAGUGUGGUGUUGUUCUGAGUUACUUUUGAGUGUGUGAGCAGAGUGGAUGAAGAAGAGUCACUGUCGGCAGACCAAUGGAAGUGUUCUUAACUAUUGUGUAUGUGAUACCUUUAACUUUGAAAUAAACUUGUGUAAUAUUUGUGA